ACCAGGAGGGAUCAUCGUGCUUGGAAAACGCUCCCCUCACACGGACAAGAGCGCCCCCAAAUCUUUUUUGGCUUGAUAGGUCUAAUCUCUCCCAUGCGCGCCCAGGGAUCUCUUGCCUAGGGCACGCACUGCUAUGGCGUCGGCGGUAGGAGCGCUCGCGGCAGUGAUCCUGGCGCUGGGGCUGUGGAUCGCGGCUGGAAAUGUCGAAGGCGAUAUUCUCCAUUCCCUGAGGAGGAGCUUGGUCGAUCCAGAGAAUGUGCUCCAGAGCUGGGAUCCAACGCUGGUGGAUCCUUGUACUUGGUUUCAUAUCACUUGUGACAACCAGAAUCGAGUGAUAAGAGUGGAUCUUGGGAACGCUAAGCUUUCCGGAGUGCUGAUCCCAGAGCUGGGAAAGCUAGAAAACCUUCGUCAUCUGGAGCUCUACAAGAACAAUAUUGCUGGGCACAUCCCCCAGGAGCUCGGCAACUUGAAGAAGCUCGUGAGCUUGGACUUGUACAUGAACAACUUGACUGGCCCCAUUCCUCGAUCACUUGGAAAACUCAAGUCUCUUGCUUUCCUGCGUCUCAACAAGAAUCGACUUUCGGGACAAAUCCCAAGGGAACUGUCGUCAAUCUCGAGCCUGAAAAUAGUGGAUCUCUCUGACAACGAUUUGUGUGGCACAAUCCCGACCUCCGGAUCAUUCGCUCAGUUCUCACCAAAGAGCUUUGAUAACAAUCCCCGUCUCAAUGGUCCGGAGCUCCAGGGGUUUGUCCCUUACGACGAGGCAGCCUCGGCUGUUACUUCUGACGAGCACUCCUGCUGACAAAAUAGCUGAUCACUGGCUGUUUGGUUCUUGCCAGUGCUAAACAAAUGAGGAAGCAAAUCAAAUGGGCGAAGGCGAGGCCAAAGUACCUGUAAAGAAACGAAUCCAGCAGAAUGAAAACAGAGGAAAAAAAAUAUUAACUCCCUCCAGUUUGUUCUUUCUCGUCUAGACU